GCAUAAAACCCAGCCCCUGCGAGCCUUCUCCUCUGAGUGAAGCGCCACCUUCCUGCAGUCUUCACCCAGCCCCGACAGCCCAAACAAACCCAGGCGCCUCCUCUCUCUCUCUCUCUGCUGCUGCUGCUGCGGCUGCUCAGCACCCCGGUCAAAAGGAGAAAUAUUCCAUUGCCUGGGACCACCGCUGCUCAAGCUGCUAAGCAAGGCGGCCGCACACAAUGAGUCGCACUGUGGCUCAAACCCAUGCCUCGAAGACUUAAGCUGCCGAUCAGGGCAAAACAGCGACUUGUAUUUAUUAUUUUCAUUAUUAUCAUAUCUUAAAAGUGUGGCGUUAUUUUAGGGUUUUUUUUUUCCUUUGGAAGUGUUGGAUAUCUCUCGAGCGUUAGGUUUAACAUUAAUAAGUUAUCCCAACUGAGCCGUUAACUUUUAUGGAAGUACAAAUCAGUAGCUUAUACACUAGUCACUCUGGCAUUUGAAACCUUCACAGAUAUCGCCGUACAUAUACUGUAGCACAUUAUAGACCUAACAAUUUGUGAAACUUUACGGCUGAUCCACUAAGUUAUUUCAAAUACUUUUUUUCUGGCAUGACAUAGCACCGCAGCCAGCCAGUGGUAAUUACCUCUACUGUGAUAAAGCCUGACGUAUAAUUGCAGCAAUAUAUUUAGCAGGGUUAGCGAGUCGCCUUUCCAGCCCAGUUGUGUAGGGGCCCACUGCAUUUUCUGCUGCCUCUAUAUGAUACAACAAACACUCCACGGAAUUUAAAUAGAACAGCAGCAUCAACCGCCACGCGAAUAUAACAAACCGGACCACCGUUUUCGAGGAGACCAUGCAUUGUCGCAGCCUCCUCUGCAUUGUCCUCAUGGAUUACGUGCUGCGUUGCCUGUGCCUCUCCUACUGCUCCUCGAUGGACAUGGACCUGCUCAAGCGCAAGAGGAUCGAGGCCAUCCGUGGCCAAAUCCUGAGCAAGCUCAAGAUGACGAGUCCUCCGGACCUGCCGGGCUCGGAGGAGCCGGCCAGCCCCGAGGUGCUGGCGCUCUUCAACAGCACCCGAGACCUCCUGGUGGAGCAGGCGAAUGCCCGGGCAGCCACGUGCGAGCGGGAGCGCAGCGAGGAGGAGUACUACGCCAAGGAGGUCCACAUGAUAAGUUUGCGUCCCGACAAUAAGGUGCGGCGAAAUCCUUACAACGACUACUUCCGAAUCUUCAACUUUGAUGUGACAUCAAUGGAAAAGAAUGCCUCCAAUCUGGUCAAGGCGGAAUUUAGGAUUCUACGCAUUCCCAAUUACCAAGCCAAGCAGAAUGAACAGAGGAUAGAGCUGUACCAGCUGCUGGAGUUCAAGGACCCGGGGGCCCCUUCUCAGCGGUACAUCGACAGCAAGGUGGUGCGGCCCAAGUCAGAGGAAGAGUGGCUCUCCUUUGACAUCACCGACACCGUCUCUGAGUGGCUUCAGCACCGAGUGAAAAAUCAGGGACUCAAGAUCAGCAUCCACUGCCCAUGCUGUACCUUCGUCACAGCCACAAACAACAUCGUCCCCAACAAGAGUGAGGAGCUUGCCGCUCGGUUCGCAGGCAUUGACGACGAGGUGGUGAGAGGGCCGGAUGGCGGGCACCGACAGCAGCAGCAACAGCAGCAGCAGGGUCUGGUGCGGGGAGCGCACCUGUUGCUCAUGAUGCUGCCCUCGUAUCGACUCGAGUCUCAGCCCCAGGGCAAGCGGCGCAAGCGUGCCCUCGACGCGGCCUACUGCUUCCGCAACGUCGAGGACAGCUGCUGUCUGCGCCAACUCUACAUCGACUUCAGGAGGGACCUCGGCUGGAAGUGGAUUCACGAGCCCCGCGGCUACCAGGCCAACUUCUGCGCCGGACCCUGCCCCUACCUUUGGAGCACCGACACCCAGCACAGCAAGGUGCUGAGCCUGUACAACACGCUGAACCCAGAGGCGUCCGUGUCGCCGUGCUGCGUACCGCAGGACCUGGAGCCGCUGCCCAUCCUCUACUACGUCAACAAGACGCCCAAGGUGGAGCACCUCUCCAACAUGGUGGUCAAGUCCUGCAAGUGCAGCUAGGCCACCGACCGAACCGACCGAGAAGCUUGCCGGGGCGAAAGGGGUUAAAGGUUGACUCAGGAUGCCGACCUCUCUUUGCCCGAGAUAAGGCGCGGGUUGGAGGCCUUGGUGCGGGUUGAACAAAGACUUGCCACGUGUUCUGUAUGUGGCGCGUAACAAAACAAAAAAAUUAUUAUUAUAUGAAAAAAAAGUAGAUAUAAAAAAAAAACUUGUGGCAUCACCAAACGAGGUGCCGGUCUGCCCGCCACAUUUGUGGGUGGACGCAGUGUGCGUCGGCGAUAUCGUGUGUGCUCCCGUGUGUGCACGCACGUGCUCUGAGCGUGCCUCGGUGGCGUUUCCACUUCGAGGUUAGCCGUAUUUGUUUCGUGCGUGCGUGUGCUUUUAGUUUAUGAUCCUCUGGUCUUGGAACAAUGCUUCUGAAAGCAGACAUGAUUGUUUAUUAAACGCUCGGAGAGCGCUAGAUUGUGGUAAUCAAUAAGCCCGUCUUCAUCCGGCGUCGUGUGCUAAGCCAAUUAUUGCAGAUGUUCACUUAAAUUUUUUGCCGUAUGACGAUUCGGCCCGAUCUUGCAUGGGGACAUCCAUCAUCUGUUUUUUUGUGUUCUGUGUCUACCUACGUCGUGAUUGUGCGUACAGCAGCAGUUUUUCAAAUCUGGUACUUGUUUGUACUUCUCUGAACACCAAGGCGAUUUAUUCAAUAAUCAGUCGAAACUAAUGCCCGGUAAACAUUUCUCAGAUAAUUUUGAGCCUAAACGUCAGCAGUGCACGUAUCGUAGGGAGUUGCUUGAAUUUACCAUUCACAUCACACGUGUGAGUGCACCUCUAAUUACCCUGGUUGGCUACAUAUGGUGCAUCUGACGAGGCUUCUCUGUGACGUAUAAAAUGGCUUAAGUAUCUUGGGAUUUUGCGAACCCUGAAUAAAUGCACAACCACAACACAUUGAAAACGAGACCCAUCCAUUUCUGCUGUGUCCAAUAGCAGCAAAUGCGUCUAAGAUAUAUUUACACCUUUGGCCUCUUGAGGUUACUGCCUGCAUGAUCCUAUGUGGAUCAUAAUUGUCCUUUAAAUCCAUUCAGUGAGUCUUUGAAAUCCCCACAAUCCGCUUCACUAGCUAGCAGUCGUCUUUACGCCUCUAAGCAGACACAAACAAUCACUGACAAUUGAGUGUAAUCGUCUGUGCGUGAAUCUAGAUGCGUUUACGAAGCUAAUGUUCACGUGGCAAUGACUGUUGAUGGGUGUGUUGUCAUCUUCGUUUAUGAAAGAACCAUGUCCCUAAUUGCGAGCCAGCUUUGCGGUGGUUAUAAUGAAAUCCCCUUACAUCAUCAUUAUUUUACACGUUUUUAUUCCCGACACAGAGAUACAAUGUCUCAAACCGCAGGCAAAGUGCCGCAAAACGCAAAUUUUGACUCCACUCUGUGGCAUCGUCGCAUUAGCUGUGCUCUAAUGCUCCGGUUCAGUUUGGCUGCAUCUGUCUGCCCCGCUUGAAUCGCACAGCACAAGGUCAUUGAACUACGGCGCGUUGAAAUGUUCCUUGUUGUUGUUGUUCGUGGCUAUCUAUCGUCAGCGCGCUCCCCUCGUGUUCCAAUUUGAAGCGCGCCAUUUGCUCAUGUAGAGCCGUGUGGACGUAGAUCGGUGCGGUCCGUGGCAGGGUUUUUGAUAUGCCACAGCCGAGUCUGCACAGAGGCUGGUUUUGUAAGUCGCCCGCCGUUGCGAGAGCACGCAAGCCGUUCGUUCAUUUGACCGGAUAACCUGCACAUUAUUAAUGCAGAGCAAUCACAAACUGUGUAACAUCUGCCAGUCUCCAUUGUGGGAAAUACACCCGUGAUUCAGGAACUCUUGCCAAAGGUUGUAGCAGUAAUAGAGUGCAGAUUGUUGUUUUGUAUAGAAACUGGAUGGCUUUAUUUUAUGCUGGAGGAAUAUUGUUUCAUUUUUCCUUCUGUGGGUAACUCUGGGAUCGAAUGAAUACCAGACCCUUUCGUUGUUUUAAUAACAUUUACAUGAAGCAACCUUGAUAUUGCGGCAGUUUAGCACACACUUUUAAUAUGUUUCUGAGAGAUGGGACUGUCUAAUCAUUUACUUUUCUGUGCAUUAGCUUUAAACCUUGAGGGAUGUUUUUUUUUGUAAAUAUAUUUACUUUAAGUGUUUUUAGUUUAGUUUUUUCGUGGCUUUUUUUACACUGUACCUUUUCGGAUUAUAUACAGUGUUGUAAUAUCUUUGGGAAACUCUGACUUAACAUUUGUAACGUCUAGGGAUAUAAUGAUUUACCCCCUCGACUCGGAGGUGAAUUAUCAUGAUUCAGAAUCACAAUUUAUUUGACCAAUCUUUUUGUUUGCCUUUGCUAUGCAAGUGAAAUCUAUAGUUAUAUGUAUCUAUAGACAAUAUAGUGGUAUGGAAACUAUACGCAAAAAAAAUUCUUAUUUGAUUAUUGAAUAACUAUAUGCAUACAUUAUAAGCAUAGAAUUUACAUUGAAUUUGAUUAUAAUUUAAUUUGAUGUCUGAUUAAGCGUCGAUUGUGAUUAAUGAAUCACUAUCGCUGAUAAUGUCAAUUCAAAGGUACAGGUGCUGGGGUUAAGCUCAUCGACGUCAAUGCUUGCCAUGCAAUUAAUCCAUCUGUGCUGCCUGGUAUGAAAUAAAUGCCCGCUUGAUGAAUAUAA